AUGGAGGGCAAUUUUUCUGUGCAACACAUGUGGCGCAGUGGAGUCUUGGCGGUUGGGGGAUAUCUGUGCUGGCCGCAACUCCAGAAGAUGCUUGAAAGCAGCAUGUUCGCCCAUUCAACAGCUCGUUUCUCGUUGUCAUUGGUGAAAUGUGCCGUGCCCUACGUGAGCUUUUGGAGCUUAGAGUGGCGCUCUGUCCUUGUACCCCGCGGACUGCCCUGUGCUCUGGACAUUCUGAGUAAAGUUCUCCAGAAGCUGCCCAUGCAAAAUUGGCGAGUUUUGUGCACAGGGCUCUUUGAUCACGGUGGCCUCGAUGGGGAGAUCUCCAUUGGAGGAGGGCAGCUGAUGAGCUGCCCGCAGCUGGCGCGGAUUGGCCAGCUUUUGAUGAACCGGGGCGCUUGGCCGAUAUCUGCGGCCCCAGCUUGGCCGCUGGAUUGGCUGCCCUGGGCCAGCAACAAGACCUCGGUGUUUCAGCUGGUCAGCAAGGACUACAUCCGGGAAAUGACUCGGCCUUCCUUCCCGGAGGUCGUGUCGACCUACGGCUUCCUCAUGUGGCUGAACCACGCCAGAUCCCCGGAGGACAGCAGCUGUUGCAUGUGCACCUGCGGCGCCUGCUUCGGCAUUCCUGGGCCUCCGAUCUUUGGCAUCAACGAGGAGGCUUGGUUCGCCACGGGUUAUCUCACGAGGUACCUGAUCAUGCUGCCUGAGCGCGAUGCCUUUGUGGUCUCUUUGGGGAUGGACUUGACGGGGUCGAGCUCCUGUUCAGUCACCUGGUCCUGGUUUUCGAUCACCUAUGACGACUCCUUUGGAGCUCUCCUUCAUUACCUGGUGCUGGAAGCUGCCUUGCCACUGCCUGCCUCCACGACGACCCUCACGAGCACCACGCUGACCCGAACCUGGACCAGCACUACGAAGACGCUGACCACCUACACCACCACCUCUGCAACCACAGUUGUCAAGACUACCACCACACCCACCACCUCGCUCACUUCGGCUGGUGGCAACUGGCCUUUGGACUGGCUUUGGCCCAGCACGAGCACCACCACUGCCGGAUGGUGGCCGUUCGCUUUCUUCGACAGCGGGUUCAAAGCAAACUCGACAACCACAACGACCACCUUCGAUCUCUCGACUGUGAUUUACAAUCACGGGACCAAAUCCAACACAUCGCAUGUGCGCCCUUCGAAGCGCCACAAGAAGAAAGAGCAUGAAGUGGACAAAGGAUACAUGGGCGGAUCGUGCACUUGCAGCUGUCCGGUCGAUCAAGACUUUGGGCGUUGCUAUCCUCUGCCUGACGACAUGGUUUUCGGCAAAUGGAGCCAUGGACAGGAGGCCUGCGAUGUCUUCGGUUCCGGGUACCUGCUGUUGGAGCGCUCCUGCCCGAACGUCGGUGUCGUGCAACCCUGCACGAGUAAUUCCUGGGCCAUCGGUGGCGGCACGCACGACGUUUGUGGUCGGAGCUUCUGGACGGAGGAUAUGGGCUUGAACUGCUCGCAACUCACGUUUUGCGACAGCAGCGACGGGCAGCCCAUCUUUGUCGACACCCGCCGCCUCGCCACCUGCUCCUGCAACGUCCUGCGGUGGAAGUGCGACUAUGAUUACGAGGCCUGCGAUGGCAACGACACCUACUACCCUCCUGGCUCCCCUGAGUUCGCCCAACGUUUGCUGCAGCACUGGUCCUUGCCGCAUCAUCAUGCUAAAGGAAUGUUCAGCUUCAGCCUGACUGGCGUCACGGGCUUUGCCCUCGCUGUGGCCGUAGCCCUUGGAAUCCUGGUGGCGAUCGGAGUCCGGCGCCGCCGAAAUGACGUGGGAGAUUACCGACCAUUGUGA